UAUUCAUUUACCAUGUUCGUCGGGAGAACGCUUCGCCUAGCCCAGGUGCUACUCAUUGUCGCUCCAACCUUUAUCCUUUACGGAUACAACCAAGCUGGGAUCGGUCCCCUUUCCACUCUGCAGACCUGGGUGCACACAUUUCCGGAAAUCGAUUCAGUCAACACAACAGGGGAGUUACAGUCGCAGAAUUCAACCAAAAAGGGCACUGUCAUCGCUUCAUUCCAGCUUGGAGCACUUGUCGGAGCGCUGUCAUGCAUUUAUUCUGGUGAAAGAUUGGGUCGCCGGAAACCCAUCUUUAUAGGAGCGAUACUCACCAUUGUCGGACAGGUGUUGCAAUCCGCAUCAUAUGGGAUAAUACAGUUUACCAUAGGCCGAGUCAUUCUCGGACUAGGUGUUGGGCAGUUUAGCGUCGCUGUACCAGUAUGGCAAACGGAAAGCAGCUCGGCCAAGAAUCGUGGGCAACAUGUUGUUGUCGAUGGUAUCUGUAUCUGCCUUGGAUAUGUGUUGUGCAACUGGAUUGACUUUGGGCUUAGUAUGACAUCUGGCGACUUGCAGUGGCGAGUCCCGCUAGGAAUAUCGGUGAUCUUUUCAUUGGUCGUACUAGGCUCGGUAUUUCUGAUUCCAGAGUCACCACGAUGGCUUGUCCUUGUAGGCCAGGUUGAUAAAGCUACACAUAGCUUAGCAGCAUACAGAGGUCUUUCGCCAGAUGACGAGACCGUUCGGGCUGAGAUUGAUGAAAUCCAGUUAUCUCUGGAAAUGACUACUGGGUCUCCGAAGUCUUUGGUGCAGGAGGUGAUAUUUGGUGAAGAUAAAGACCGUCUUAUCUACCGUUUCUGCCUAUGCAUUGCUCUUCAAUUCUUCCAACAGAUGUGUGGAGGAAACCUGAUUUCGACAUAUGUGUCUACGAUAUUUGCACAGAACCUCAAAAUGAGCACCGAGCUAUCUCAAAUAUUAGCAGCCUGCGCUCUAACGUGGAAAUUUCUAUGCAACUUCAUCCCCUUUUUCACUAUUGACCGCAUCGGCCGUCGUAAAGUGUUUAUGAUAAGUGGAGCGGGUAUGUGUGUAUGCAUGACGGUUUUGGCAAUUACUAGCAGCUUUGGUACUACUUCUAAGUCGGCCUCUAUUGCAUCCGCUGUGUUUGUUUUUCUAUUCAACACAUUCUACCCGAUUGGAUUCUCUGGUGCAAACUUCUUAUAUUGCACCGAGGUCGCCCCUAUACGCUUACGCGGAGCUAUGUCUGCUAUGUCAACUGCGAACCAUUGGCUGUGGAAUUUUGUUGUGGUCAUGAUCACACCCGUCGCCCUUGAUACUAUUGGGUAUCGAUACUACAUUAUUUAUAUUGUCAUAUCUGCCUGUAUCCCCGUCUCGGUUUACUUAUUUUACCCCGAGACGAUGAACUGCAACCUGGAAGCCCUGGGCCAUGUAUUUCGGGAUUCCCCAUCUCCGUGGAAUAUCGUUGCUACAGCGCGUACUCUUUCGCAGAGAGAGGGGGCUGAAUUAGAUAUGUGGAUUGAAUCCGAGGAAAAGGUUGUCGUUGAACAGAAAGAGAACGCAUGA